UGAAUAUUUAAUUUUAAUCACAAUCUUCGCCAACUGUGUUGCGUUGGCUAUCGUCACGCCGUAUCCAGAGGCCGACUCCAAUGAAGUGAACGCUGCAUUGGAAAAAGUGGAAUAUGUUUUUAUAGUUAUAUUCACAAUGGAAUGCAUACUAAAGAUAAUUGCUUACGGAUUUUGUAUGCAUUCUGGUGCAUAUCUACGGAAUGGAUGGAAUAUACUUGAUUUUAUCAUUGUUGUUAUUGGUAUUGUUAGUCAAGUCCUUUCCAUGAUAAAUAACAAAGGGUUUGAUGUAAAAGCCCUGCGGGCUUUCAGGGUGUUGAGGCCUUUACGACUGGUGUCCAGAGCACCUAGUUUACAAGUAGUGUUGAACUCUAUUCUUAGAGCUAUGGUGCCUUUGUUACACAUCGCCCUGCUCGUCAUCUUCGUCAUCAUCAUAUACGCCAUCAUAGGAUUAGAACUCUUCUCAGGAAAAAUGCACAGCACUUGUUAUUUUGAAAAACCAAAAACGUUAGCGAUGCCUGAUCCGAUACCGUGUGGUCGAGGGUUUGCGUGCGAGGCCGCUGUGCCUGGCUCGGUGUGUAUGGACGGGUGGGAGGGACCCAACAUGGGCAUAACCAACUUCGACAACUUCGGACUCUCCAUGCUCACAGUAUUUCAGUGCGUCACCAUGGAGGGCUGGACGGAUGUUUUAUAUUAUGUGAAUGAUGCAGUUGGAAGUGAAUGGCCGUGGAUAUAUUUUAUUAGUUUAAUCAUCAUAGGAUCAUUCUUUGUUCUUAAUCUUGUUCUUGGUGUUUUAAGUGGAGAAUUUUCUAAGGAAAGAGAGAAAGCCAAAGCUAGAGGUGAUUUUCAGAAGCUGCGAGAGAAGCAGCAACUAGAGGAAGAUUUAAGGGGAUAUCUCGACUGGAUCACACAAGCAGAGGAUAUUGACCCUGAGAAUGAGGAUGAAGGGGAGGAUGGUGCUACUCCACGUCACAGUAAGCUGACAAGUGAGGACGACUCCUUAGAGAAGAUAGUUGAUCUAGAAAGUGGAGAAAUUCAGCAAUCAUGGUGGCAACAAAAACGGUUUAGGUUUCAAAAAAUUAACAGAAGGUGUAGAAGAUUUUGCAGAAAAAUAGUGAAAUCUCAAGCUUUUUAUUGGAUAGUGAUAGUUUUAGUGUUUUUUAAUACCUGUGUUUUAACGUCAGAACAUUACCUACAACCGCCGUGGCUGGAUGAUUUUCAAGCCAUUGCCAAUUUAUUUUUUGUGAUCCUGUUUACGAUGGAGAUGCUCCUGAAGAUGUACAGCCUUGGUUUCCAGGGUUACUUUGUGUCUCUGUUCAACCGCUUUGACAGUUUUGUGGUGGUGUGCAGUAUUCUCGAGGUGAUCAUGAUCUACACGGACGUGAUGCCACCGCUUGGAGUCAGUGUGUUGAGGUGCGCCAGACUGCUGCGGGUCUUCAAGGCUACCAGGUACUGGUCGUCCCUGCGUAACCUGGUGGCGUCUUUGCUGAACAGUAUGCGAUCCAUUGCCAGCUUGUUGCUGCUGCUCUUCCUCUUCAUUGUCAUCUUCGCCUUACUCGGGAUGCAACUGUUUGGUGGCAAGUUCAACUUCGAAGAGGAAACUCCACGGAGUAAUUUUGAUACAUUUUGGCAGUCACUGCUUACUGUGUUUCAGAUCCUGACUGGUGAGGACUGGAAUGUGGUCAUGUACAACGGCAUCCACGCAUAUGGUGGGGUCAGCGAUCUCGGCGUUAUAGUGUGUCUCUAUUUUGUGAUACUCUUUAUCUGUGGUAACUAUAUUCUGCUGAAUGUCUUCUUGGCCAUCGCCGUGGACAACCUGGCUGAUGCCCAGAGUCUGACAGAGAUCGAGCAGGAGAAAGAGGAAGAGAAGGAACGAACCCGGUCAAUCCGGCGCUCCAAGAGCAAAACACCAGAGAAGGAAAAUGAAGUAGAUGAGGGCGUGGAUGUGAACGGCAAUGAUAACACAGAGAACAAUGAUGACAAGACGUCACGACAGCUGUCCGUCGGUCAGCUCAGUCGACAGGCCAGCUCACGCAGCAGAAGGCGUGAGAGCAACGUUGGGGAGCAUCAUGUGCGGAUUGACUUGCCGUCAAGCCAGGAUGAUUCAGGGGAGCACCGCCAAGACCACAAAAUACCAAUACAAGAAGAGGACUAUGACGACCGUGACGAGGGUACCGAGGAUGAUGAAGAAGAUGAAGACGAGGAUGAGGAGGGCUCUGAGGAGGACUCGCAGGCGGCGUCCAACGCCCGGCCGCGCCGCAUGUCUGAGAUCCACAUCAACUCCAAGAUCAAACCCAUCCCGCCAGCCAGCUCCCUCUUCAUGUUCGCACCCACCAACAAAUUCCGUGUUCUGUGUCACAGAAUCUGCAACCACUCGUACUUUGGCAAUAUUGUCCUCACCUGCAUUCUCAUCAGUAGUGCCAUGUUAGCAGCUGAAGACCCUCUGCAGUCAAAAUCUCCUCGCAAUAUUAUCCUGAAUUAUUUUGACUACUUCUUCACCAGUGUGUUCACCAUUGAAAUCAUCAUCAAAAUCAUAACGUAUGGCCUGGUAUUACACAAGGGCUCGUUCUGUCGCAGCGUCUUCAACCUGCUGGAUUUGGUGGUGGUGGCUGUGUCACUCAUAUCUUUUCCCUUGAAGAACCAAGCUAUCUCGGUGGUGAAGAUUCUCAGGGUGUUGAGGGUCUUGCGUCCUCUCCGUGCCAUCAACAGAGCCAAAGGUCUCAAGCACGUGGUGCAGUGUGUGAUCGUGGCCAUCCAGACCAUCUACAACAUCAUGCUGGUCACCUUCCUGCUGCAGUUCAUGUUCGCCGUCAUGGGUGUCCAGCUCUUCAAGGGAAAGUUCUUCUACUGCACAGAUGCCUCUAAGUUGACCGAGGAUGUAUGCCAGGGUUUCUACGUUGACUAUGAUGAUGGUAACUUCCAGCAUCCAACCCUGAAGAAAAGAGAGUGGUUAGAAAAUGAGUUCAACUUCGAUGAUGUGAGCCAGGCUAUGCUGACACUCUUCACAGUGUCUACCUUUGAGGGGUGGCCAGAUUUACUGUACACGUCCAUUGAUUCACAUGAAGAAUCAAAAGGACCUAUUCCAAACUACCGGCCAGCUGUUGCCAUUUUCUACUUCGUCUUCAUCAUCGUCAUCGCUUUCUUCAUGGUCAACAUCUUCGUUGGUUUCGUCAUUGUUACCUUCCAGAAUGAAGGAGAACAGGAAUACAAGAAUUGUGAACUUGAUAAAAACCAGAGAAAAUGUAUCGAGUUUGCUUUGAAAGCGAAACCAAUUCGCCGUUACAUACCAAAGGCAAGAUGGCAGUACAAGAUCUGGUGGUUUGUGACGUCACAGGCGUUUGAAUACGGCAUCUUUGCCCUGAUCAUGAUCAACACGGUGGCUCUAGCUAUGAAGUACCACAACCAGUCCGAGCAGUAUGGGGAUGCCCUGGAUUACCUCAACAUGAUAUUUACUGGUGUCUUCACUGUUGAGUUCCUGCUCAAACUCACAGCAUUUAGGUUUAAGAAUUAUUUUGGAGAUGCCUGGAAUGUGUUUGAUUUCAUCAUUGUUCUUGGUAGUUUUAUCGACAUCAUUUAUACUGAAGUUAACCCGGGCAAGACGAUUAUUAGUAUCAACUUCUUCCGACUUUUCCGCGUCAUGAGACUGGUGAAGCUUCUGAGUCGAGGAGAAGGAAUCCGAACUCUACUGUGGACGUUCAUAAAAUCAUUUCAGGCUCUUCCAUAUGUGGCAUUACUGAUUGUGAUGCUCUUCUUUAUCUAUGCAGUAAUAGGAAUGCAGGUAUUUGGUAAAAUACGACUGCAAAGUGACACACAAAUACACCGCAACAACAACUUCCAGACAUUUCCAAAUGCUGUGCUUGUAUUAUUCCGGUCAGCCACGGGUGAGGCCUGGCAACUGAUCAUGUUGUCGUGCAUCAACAAACCCGAUGUGCUGUGCGACCUGAAGGCAGAGGUCACGGAGGCGGUGAACGGCACGCACCCCUCCCAGCACGUGUGUGGCAGUAACUUCGCCUUCAUCUACUUCAUCUCAUUCUACAUACUCUGCUCAUUUCUGAUCAUCAACUUGUUUGUAGCUGUUAUUAUGGACAACUUUGACUACUUGACUCGAGAUUGGUCUAUUCUGGGUCCACACCAUCUAGAUGAGUUUGUCCGACUUUGGUCAGAGUAUGACCCUGAAGCCAAGGGCAGAAUAAAGCACCUGGAUGUGGUGACUCUGUUGAGGAAAAUCUCACCACCGCUGGGUUUUGGGAAGCUCUGUCCUCACAGAGUUGCGUGUAAGAGAUUGGUCAGUAUGAAUAUGCCGUUGAACAGUGAUGGUACGGUGAUGUUUAAUGCCACGCUGUUUGCGCUGGUGAGGACAUCACUGAAGAUCAAGACUGAGGGGAACAUUGACCAGGCAAACGAGGAGCUGCGGGCGGUCAUCAAGAAGAUCUGGAAGAGGACCAGUCCGAAACUGCUUGACCAAGUCGUCCCGCCAGCUGGCAGAGACGAUGACGUCACAGUUGGAAAAUUCUAUGCAACUUUUCUUAUCCAAGAUUAUUUCCGCCGUUUUAAGAAACGUAAAGAGCAGAUGCAAAAAAUGCAAAAAGGUCAAGAACAUACCAAUGCUCUGCAGGCUGGCCUGCGGGCGGUGCAUGAUCUGGGACCUGAGAUUCGACGAGCCAUUUCUGGAAACUUGGAUGACGAUGACAUUGCUGAAAAGGAAAAGGAUGAACCUAUGCACAGGAGAAACCACUCACUGUUUGGAAGUAUUGUCAGUGCUGUAACUGGCUACACACGACCGUUCUUGAAUCACACCCAGUCGCUGCAUGGGAACUCCACCCAGACUCAGAAGGUCGCCCCCGUCAACAACUGGAAUGCCAUUCAGACAAAACUGUUGAAGGAGCAUUCUCUGAACGGGAAGAUUGGCACGGCAGCAUCAUGUAACCACCUCAACAUCGACAGCCAUGUGGUGAUGAACCACACCCCUUCACCCCGUCCAUCUCUGAACAUACCACUAGACACAGACACUCGCAGGUCAAAUAAUGCCAGUGACAAGUCACUAGACCAAGGCGAGGAAGAGGAGGAGGAGGAGUCUGGAAGUUCGGAGGAGGGUGAGGAGGAGGAGGAGGAAGAAGGGGAAGAGGAAGUACCUGUGGAGGUAGGAGAAGAGGUUGUGGAGGAGGUUGAGGAAGAGGAGGAGGAGGAAGAUGAUGAAGAGGAAGAAGAGGAUGAGGAUGAUGACACGACACAGGACAGCAAGUCGUCUCCCUCUGUCCCACCUCCUCUGGUCAUCGGGGAUCACACCGUCUCCAACAACAGACACAUCAGCCCCUCGUCCAAGAGACAUGGCAUCUACAUUUACAGAGAUCUUCCACAAGAGGACAGUGAUUUUGAACGGGAGCAGACUCCACCAACCCCACCUCCGCGAAAACUGAGUCGACGUGGCCAUGCAUUCCGAUUGGCCUGUAUCGGCAAACAGGACAGCGAUGAAAAUCCUUUAAUGAGAAAAAGGGCGGAGCCCUUGCGUGUCACUCAGAAUCAGGUCACUCCAAAGGCAAUGACUAUAGCGCGGAUGCCCCCAGAAGAUCUUCCACCAUCUAUUCAGUACCCGAACGCCACCGGAGCGCCUCCAUCACCUGCCCGCACGCAGCAUCUCCUUGCAGCCGAGCGUGAGAAGCCGCGGUUGCACCAUCAGAGUGGAGACUCGGCAGCCCUGGAUGAUACAGCUGGUCCUCUGUAUCGCAGUCUGGAGCGGGGGCCGCUGAUCAUACCCCGCCACGUCAUGUCACAGUACCACAAUGUCCCACGCUACGAACACCGCCGCAGCAGCGCAGAGAGCUUGGUCACAAAGAUUCUGGAGCAGGAAGGUCUCGGCAAGUACGUUGAUGCCAAGUGCUUACAACAAGAGAUCGCCGAAGCCACAGAUAUGACGCCAGAGGAGAUGGAUUUCGCCGCCCACCAGCUGUUGAGGCGGAGUCACGUGCCCCAGUCGGCCCCGAGCGGGCCCUACCUUGAGCACCUGGGCGGGUUCAGCCCCCAUGAGUUCAAGGAUUACAACCAGUAUUCCGUGCAGGACGAGCCACUGAGACAGCGACGCCCGGUGAUACGGACCCAGCUGGAGAGUCGACGUCAUCACCAUGAUGAUGACGAUGAGUACGAUUAUGACGAUGAUGAGGAGGAGGAUGUUGAUGGGAAAAGGGUACAUGUUACAGCGUUGUAGUGGUUGCUGCUUGUGUGCGAUGCCAGACUCUGCAUGUUGUUACUCAUCCCGUUGUAAAGUGGUGGUUUGAAAACGUAAUGUGUUUCUAAACAAAGAUGGAAGUUGAAAAGUGGUUAAAGGAAAUGUAAGGCCUUUCUUUUAAAGCACAACUGAAGUUAAAAGUGGCUGCUGAAAAUCUUUCUCUUUUUUUUUAAAUAUGGCUGAAGUUAAAAAGUGGUUCCAUGAAACAUAAUGUUUUUUAAUGACAAUUGACGUUAAAAGUGAUUGCCUGGAACGUAAAGAUUUUAAACACAGGGUAAGUUAAAGGUGGAUAUUGGUAAUGUUUUUAAAACAUGGCUGUAGUUGAAAAUGGUUCCAUGAAAUGUAAUGUUUUUUAAACACAACUAAAGGUAGAAGUAGUUGCUUGAAACCUAAUGUUUUUAAAACAUGUCUGAAUUUAAGUGUUUUUAAACAACAUCGUAUGUUAGAAGUGGUUCUGUGAAACCUUUUUUUUUUUAAAAAAACUGACGUGAAAAGUGGUUUGUUGAAACAUACCAUUUUAAAAACACAACUGAAGUUUUAACAAGCCGAUUGUGUCCAAACGUUUGUUUACCCAAACCAUAAUGACGAGUCAGACUGCAUGCUUCCGCUUGAUACUAACAGCUUACGUUUUGUGUGUGCGUGUGCGCAUGUGUGAGUGUAUUGCGUUCUACUCAGCGGCACACAGGUGUGCGUACUGUGUCACGAAGUUGUGCCAGGUCGAUGCGCCUCCCACCAACAUACGCCAGUCCUCCACGCUGGCACAACUCCGAAUCUCAAGAAAAACCAGCGGGCUGGUUUUAGAUUUCUUACCAAAUGUUUGUUACCAGUGGCGUCAUUCACUUCAUUACCUUCAUUAUUGGUAUGAACCUUCUUUCUUUAACAAAAGUGAAAAUUAUUGUUUUUAAAAGAACAAAAAACAAACCAGUGUUGUUAUUUUAUGUAUGUGUGUGUGUGUGUGUAUAUUGUUUACUGUUUAUAUUUCUUAACAUUUUAAAUAUUCUAUCAUGAAGAGACAUAUAUAUAUACAGACUUGAAAAAAAGUAAUGUGAUACUGGAUUCAAAAUAUGUGAUUUUAUUUUAGUUUUUUUUUAAACCCUGAUCUGUUUGCCUUCAUAAUAACAGCAUGUAUGGUCCCUGUGAUGGACCUGUCUGUUGGUGGCAGAAAUAGAUUUGUAAAAACAAAAACAAAAAAACAAAUUCUGUUUGCCUUCAAAAUAACACCAUGUAUAUUGACUGAGAUGACAAUAAAAUGGGCAUGAAGUGAGUGUGUCAAACAAAUCUGUUUGUAGCGGAAGUAGAAGAUUUGUAGAAAAAAAAACAAUUUCUGUUUGCCUUCUUAACAACAGCAUGUACAUAGACUGAGAUGACACUCAAAACGGCAUGGGAUGUGAUAAAACGUGUGUGUUGGUGGCAGAAGUAGAAGAUGUGUAAGAGAAAAAAACACAAUUUCCUACUAAAACCGGAGCUCAAGAGCUGUGCCUGGAGUCCACCAUGUUGUGUGAUUGUCUUCUUUUACUGUGAUAUCAACCUGCACACUAACCGACAUGAGAUCUGGCUUGGAGAGAAAUGAAAGCAAUUUGUGUGACUUCUGUACUUAAAUGUUUACUCUUCUCUUUUUCUCUGUGCAGUGGCAGGUAUGAAGAUGGAAAAAUCAGGCUUUGAUUGGUGUUGUUUUUUGUUCUUCACCUACCAAGGUGAUAGCAUUGUGGUCCUGACUAAAAGAGGGUUUCCCAGAGUUUUACAGAAUCACAGAGAUGACCAGCGUCCAUCCCACUUGGCCUCCUGUUGACCACUUUGCCCUUUGGCCAGUUUGGUUGGAUUCUCCCUCUUGGAAUGCAGCGAGCCCCAAACGUUUCCUUUGUGACUGUUCCUUUGAGCUGGGUAGGUCACAAGACAUGGUUGUGCUUUCAGGAACUAUUUGUACAGCAGGAAUGCAAUACACACAUGACAGACAGCACAUGAAUAAAAGUUGUGAAAAGUGGCAACAUUUCAGAGAUGAUGUGUUGUGGGUUUGGUUAGGAUUUGCUUUUUUUCCUUUUGUUUACUUUUUUAAAAAAGCAGGGCUUUCAAGAGUUCAUUGGAAAUGAUAUUUGCGAUAGUGUAUAUAUUUUGGGCUGAUGAAAUAUUCUAUUUUGCCACAUGUCCUACAAUGGAACAUUUGUACAUUGUUUAAUUAUUGCUGAAAAGUGGUGGAAACGAUGAUGAUGAUGGUGUUUUACAGUAUUUUACCUUCACUUGCUCCCAGACUGAGCUGAGUGUUUUUCUGUACGUGGUAUGACAUAACUUUUCUUGUGUUCUUUGUGGGGUUGCCAGGGUUCUUAUUUGCACAUGACCAAAGAGUUGAUGAUUU